AGAAAAGUUCCGGAUGCACAAAUAGAGAAAAAAUGGUGCAAGAGAAACAGAAAUCGCCGCGCUGAAGCAUUUUCAGUCCGCCAUUGGCGCGAGCUUCCUCUUAGACAAAGCUAUAAAUAAAUCAACUCAAUUUACCAGCUUAUUUGGGCGCCAACCCCUUUCACCAUGUUUCGAAGGUCCAUCCUGCGACUUUCGGCUGGUCAAUCAGUAAAAAGAAUUCCAAUAGAGGUUACAACACAGGUGCCUUCCUAUCUUUUUUCCAGAAGAGAGUUCUCAGUCUCACCCAAACAAAAUGGGCCACCACGGGGGCCAGGUUCAACUGGCAAGCCCCCAGAGACAGAGAGUCUCUUGCCAAGAUUUAUUAUUGGAUCUGUUGCUUUAGGUGCUGGAUUUAUUGCAGCUUAUCAAACUGGAUAUUUGGAUAAAUACCUCGUUAAAGAGCCACAUUCUACCCCCGAAUUAGCCAGGACAGGAACUGCCAUUCAAGAUGGGAAGGAGCUAAAGGGUAGUAGUGAAGUUUCACAAGAUAGUGAAACUUUAGAAAGACCAGAUCCUGAGUCUAAAUUUGUAGACUCUGAUAGUGUGGAGCAAACUGACAAGAACAUUGGAACUCUACAAGAUCCCCCUGGACCAGAAGAGCCAAGUAAAAUGGAAGCAGAAAGUCAAUUUCAGUUAAAAUAUUCACCAGAAACUACUGGUGGAGAAGCCAACUAUACUGAAGUAAAAGAAUUAUCACCCAGCUCCCAUCAGGAAAGUGUGACACCUGAUGAAACAAGACUUAAUUAUACUCAAUCACCUGAAGACACGUUGGACACAAAGAGCCCAGAGGUAACUACUGAUGCCGUGCAGCCUGAGGCAAUUGAAAUCACUCCAACUCUUACGCAGGCUGAUACAUUUCAGAAGGAAAAUGAGGCUAGUGCCAUGCCCCCAGAGCAUGUAACCAGUCAAGCCAAGAUGGAGGAUGCUCCUCAUCAUGAUGAAAAUUCUAAUUCCCUCCUUGAUCAAUACUGUUUAAGAGAUGGGGGUGGAGCUACCACUACAGCCUCCUCUGACAAGCAUAAGGUUAUUGAAGGUCUGGGUGAUGCCUAUAUAUCAAAGGAUGGAAAAUUGGUGCUUGAUUUCUUACAAGCGCUUCAUGAAGCUGAGAGAAGACAAGCAGAGAUAGAUGCUCGUUUAUUUGCUGAAGAAAAGAAAUAUAUGAAGGAGAAAUAUGAAAAGGAACUUAAAGAUGCCAGGGCCAGGGAACUAAUGUAUGCUGAACGAGAGGCUUUACUGGAUAAGGAACUGAAAAAAGAAAGAGCAAAAGCCAUCGCAGCUUUGAAAUCACUUCAAGAAAAAUUAGAAGAAGAAUAUAAGAUGGAGCUCGAGGAAAAGGAAGCUGAAGCAGAACUAAAGCUGAAAAAAACUCAGGAGUUAGGUAAAGCAGAACUGGAUGCAGCUAUUGCAAGUGAGAAAGCAUCUCAAAUUGAAAAAAUGGCUGAAGCCAAUCUCCAUAUAAAUGCUCUGUGCAUGGCAUUUUAUGCACGGUCUGAAGAGGCUCGCCAGAGUCAUUCUGUUCACAAGCUUGCCCUGGGGGUGCUUGCUCUGGAAGAUGCACUGUCGAGGGGUUUACCAAUUCAAAAAGAAAUAGAAGUUCUUCACACUUCUCUUGAAGGAAUAGAUAACAACUCACUGCUGGAAUUGGUUCUAUCAUCUCUUCCUGAGGAAACACGGAGAUAUGGUUCAGAUACUGUUUUACAACUGAAUCAUAAGUUUGAUACAUUAAAGGGGACACUUCGUCACUUUAGCCUGAUUCCUCCAGGUGGUGGUGGGAUAUUGACACAUUCUUUGGCUAGUGUUGCUUCCUGGUUAAAGGUAAAGGAGGCUGACCGGUCUGGCGAUGGAGUUGAAUCCCUCAUAAACAGAGUUGAAAGUUUCUUGGCUCAGGGGAAACUAUCAGAAGCUGCUGAUGCACUUGAGAAGGGUUUAAAGGGCACUCAGGCGGCGGGAGUUGUUGAUGAUUGGGUUAAGCGUGCUAGGAAUAGAGCUAUAACAGAGCAAGCACUAACCUUACUGCAAUCUUAUGCCACCACUAUCAGCAUAACUUGAAACCAUGAUUAUUAUAGCAUCAAGGUUCAAUUUAUCUGCUGCCUACAGAAAAUUGCUCAAGAAUGGCGUUUUGAUGAUUAACAUGUUGAUAUUUUCAGUGAUUGCGACACUUACUUUUCAUUUUUGUUGCAAUCCAAGUAAAAGUAGUUAUGCCUUUCUUGAUCCGGGAAUAAUCUUCGUUGAAAGAUACAUCACUAUUGAGCAGCAUUGUCGUAAAACGGGCUACUUUUGUUCAUUUCUUUUAGGUCAACCAUGAAAAGGAUAUAUUUAGCUGGAGUAACCAUUGAAUUUUUUUUUUUUUGGUGAUGAUCCUGUUAGCUGUUACCUUGUUUGGUAUGUAUAAUAAAGGCAGCUCAGUCAACUGGAUACUUCUUUGGCAGUUUUCCGUGGGAAAGCCAAGCAUUUUCUCUCCUGUUUGAGGAUAAGUGGACGUAAUUCAACUUGAAACAGAAGCGGUUGAAAUUUCUCAAGAAACAUGUACAUUCUAACAAUUCUGGUUGAAUUCAUUGUGAAAUUGUAAUAAGGGCUUGAAGUUUCAUUUGGAUUCAGAAGUUCUAAAAUAUCGACUUAGAAAGCAAAAGGUUUCUUGUGAAA